AUAUCGAUACCGGCAAAUGCACUUGUUAACCGCGUUCAAAGGCGAAUUUUGUUAGUAAACCAUAAAAUAGCUAGAGACAAUUUCAGCCUGGAAGCAAAAUAAACAAACAUGCAGGAGUUCUUUAGCGUGCUGUUGCCGGACGUGAAGAAGGAACUGCGCCGUGGCAUCAUCGAGUGCUCGAAGCGGGGUCUGUUGCACAGUACCAAAUGGCUGGCGGAGAUGCAUCAUGGCCUGAGUGAUGUUAAUAUUGAUAAUGCGCCGCCAGACGAUGAUCGCUCGUUUAGUGAGUGCCAGCUGGAGGGCAUUGCACCCGCAGAGUACAGUGAUUACUUUCUGGCCAAGAGCUAUUAUGAUGUGCGCGAAUAUGAUCGGGCAGCGCAUGCUGUGCGCAACUCGGAAUCAUGCGUGCCACGUUUUCUCCACCUCUACUCCACGUAUAUGGCUAGGGAGAAGCGACGAUUGGAUUCCACCACAGAUCAUGCCAAUCUCAAUGAGCCGAAUCAGAUGCGCGAUUUGGCCGAUCUGUUGGCCACCCUACGCUCAGAGCAUGGACGCUGUCGCUUGGAUGGCUACGGCAUCUAUUUGUAUGGUGUGGUACUCAAAGCACUGGAUCUAAAUCAAGCGGCUGAGCAGAUGCUGGUGACUGCUAUACGCAUGGUGCCCAUGUUGUGGAGCGCCUAUCUGGAGCUAUCGCCAUUGAUAAUGGAAAAGAAGAAGUUGCUCAGCCUGCAGCUGGGUGGACAUUGGAUGCGUCACUUCUUUAUGGCACACACCUAUCUGGAGCUCUAUCUUAACGAUGAUGGACUGAAGAUCUAUGAGGAUUUGCAGGCGGCGGGCUUUAGCAAGAGCAUCUAUUUAACGGCACAAAUGGCGCUUGUCUAUCACAAUAAGCGAGAUGUGGAUAAGGCCAUUGAGCUCUUUCAGGCACUGCUCGAAAGCGAUCCCUAUCGCCUGGACAAUGUGGACACCUAUUCGAAUUUGCUGUUUGUCAAGGAAAUGAAAACGGAAAUGGCGCAACUGGCACAAAAGGCUGUUAGCAUUAACAAAUAUCGGCCGGAAACAUGUUGUGUCAUUGGCAACUAUUAUAGCAUACGCAGUGAUCAUCAGGUGGCCAUUUCGUAUUUUCAGCGCGCACUCAAACUGAAUCCCAAAUAUUUGGCCGCCUGGACGCUGAUGGGUCAUGAGUUUAUGGAGCUAAAGAACACAAAUGCGGCCAUACAAAGCUAUCGCAAAGCGGUUGAGGUCAACAAGCGAGAUUAUCGCGCCUGGUACGGCCUGGGCCAGGCAUACGAGAUUAUCAAAAUGCACUAUUAUAGUUUGUAUUAUUUUAAAAUUGCCCAUCAAUUGCGUCCGUACGAUUCGCGCAUGUUGGUCGCACUGGGCGAGACCUACGAGAAGCUGGACAAAUGCGAGAAUUCGGUCAAGUGCUAUUGGAAGGCCUGCGAUGUGGGCGACAUCGAAGGCAUAGCGAUGUACAAGCUGGCCAGUCUACACGAGAAGCUGGGCGACAACGAAACCGCUGUCCACUGCUAUAUUAUGUACUGUGAGGAUGAGCGCGCUGCCACCGAUAAACAGAGCCUAUAUCAGGGCUUCAUGACCCUGGCCAACUACUACGAGAAGAAGGGCGAUUUUGAGCGGGCUGCUUACUACGCCUACAAGUGCCUCGACUCGGAUGAGCGCAAGACGGAGGCCAAGGCGCUGUUGAAGGUUAUUGAUUUCAGGCGCAGCGUCGAGUGCCAAAAGAAAGCAAAGACCACAACUAUGGUGGCCAAUGCCGAAACGAGUUCCGAGGAUGAAAUGGAAUGGGAACAGAUGGAUGUGCGUGUACGCCACGUGCCAGCGGACGAUGCCAAAUCAACGACAGCGACCCCAACAACAACAACUGCAGCUACAAUCAGUGGCAGCGGCACAUCCACUGCAGCAUCAGGAGCUGGAGCAGCAGCGGGCACAGGCCAGACCAAUGUGCGACGAUUGCGUUCGGUGGCGGAGCGUUUGCGUCGAACGCAGCCAACGCAAAGGACGCAUACAGGACCAACGGCAAAUAGCACAGCGACAGCAACAGCAACGACAACAGCAGCCACCACAGCAACAAUACAAACGAUCAGCGAGGAGACGCCAGUGUCCACGGCGGAUGCGACGGCUGAUCUUACGCCGGCCGCGCCCACAUUAGAGCAGCAGGCAACACAACACGAUACCAGCUCCAUGGAGAUAUCCAGUGUGUCCAUUGAUUAAAUGUACAUAUCUUUUUUUUGUUAUUAGCCAUUCGAUUGUAAAAAUCUCGAUUGAAUGAAAGAUGCAAAUUUGAAUGCUGUUUAAUUUUUUAAAUAAGUUUUAAGCUCUCAUACAACAAUUUGAUUUUAAACAUUAUUAUUUAAAUGUCUUUAUUUUUGCAAAUUAAAAACUGUUAGUUGAACAAAACGAGA